AUGCCUCCGGGCCGCCCCGCCGCCGUCGCUGUCGACGCGAAUUCGUCCUCGACCUGGGACCGGAUAUCGUCGUGGGUGUCGGAGAAUAAGGCGGUUGUCUAUACCAUUGCUGGCGUGGCCGUUGUUGUCACUGGCGCUGGCGUUGUCUACUAUCUGAAUUCCGAUUCGAAGUCCGAUGCAUCACCAAAGCUCAGCAAGAAGGAGAGGAGGAAGCGCAAAGAGGCCGAGCGCAAAGCCGCCGACUCUAAAGCUACCCAGUCCAAAGCCGCCACCGUCGAGCCCGAAUCCGAGCUGCCAGAAAUCAACGAGACCACUGUUCUACAGCUGAGCCCCGAGGUGCGAGAGCAGUAUGCCGCUCGACUGAAGCAGGCUGGCAACAAGGCCUACGGAGAUAAGGCAUACAACAAGGCCAUCGACCUCUACUCCCAGGCUAUUCUGUGCAAACCAGAUGCCGUCUUCUACUCCAACAGAGCCGCCUGCUACAGCGCCAUGAGCGAAUGGGAAAAGGUUGUCGAAGAUACCACUGCUGCCAUCAGCAUGGACCCCGAUUACAUUAAAGCUAUUAACCGCCGUGCCACUGCCUACGAGCACCUAAAGAUGUACUCCGAGGCUCUUCUCGAUUUCACAGCCUCUUGCAUCAUCGAUAACUUCAAGAGCGAGUCGACUGCUCAAGCUGUUGAGAGACUGCUAAAGGUCUUCGCCGAGCAUAAGGCCAAGGAGGUCAUGGCAUCCAGGCCCGCCAAGCUCCCCAGCCCCAUCUUCGUCGGUAACUACCUCCAGAGCUUCCGCCAGAAGCCCCGCCCUGCCGCUCUUGACGACUCAAUCGAGCUCUCUCUGGAUACCGGUUUGGGACAGCUGCAGCUCGGUUUCCAGGGACUCGAGCAGAAGACAGCCGAGGGAUACGAGGAGGCCAGACAGGCGUUCGAGAAGGCCAUUGAGCUUGGCGAUCUCGGCGAGCACGAGGCUCUCGCUUACAACCUGCGGGGUACUAUUCGAACCCUCCUUGGCAACCACGCCGCGGCGACGGAGGAUUUCGACAGGAGUAUCGAACUCGACCCAAAGAUGACCCAGAGCUACAUCAAGCGAGCUAGCAUUAGCUUGGAGCUCGGUGAGCCUGACAAGGCCGACGCCGAGUUCGAAAAGGCCCUCGAGCAGGAUAAUGACGACCCCGAUGUCUACUACCACCGUGCCCAGGCUCACUUCAUCAAGGGCGAUCUCGCAAGCGCACAGAAGGACUACCAGAAGUCGAUUGACUUGGACAAGGACUUCAUCUUCUCCCACAUCCAGCUGGGUGUUACCCAGUACAAGAUGGGCUCCAUCGCGUCGUCCAUGGCCACCUUCCGACGAUGCAUCAAGAACUUCCCCAAGGUCCCCGACGUUUACAACUACUAUGGCGAGCUGCUGCUAGACCAGGGCAACUUCCCCGAGGCCAUUGAAAAGUUUGAUACCGCUAUGGAAAUGGAGAAGCAGUCUAAGCCCAUGUCUAUGAACGUUUUGCCCCUGAUCAACAAGGCUCUCGCCCUCUUCCAGUCAUCAGCUGACUUUAAGGAGGCAGAGAAGCUCUGCCAGAAGGCUCUCAUCAUUGACCCUGAGUGUGAUAUUGCUGUGGCCACCAUGGCUCAGCUUCUGCUGCAGCAGAACAAGGUUACCGAGGCGCUCAAGUACUUUGAGCGUGCGGCAGAGCUCGCCCGAACCGAGGGUGAGAUUGUCAACGCCUUGUCCUACGCCGAGGCUACACGAACCCAAGUCAAGGUCACGGAGAAAUACCCCAAGCUGGCGGAGAAGCUCGCAGGUGGUCCAGGUGGCCCUGGCGGACUGCGCAUGCCUUAA